GGCCCAACCAUUGUUGAAGCCAUGUUGCGCUCGUUGAUCAGCCGCGUCGGCGCUUUGACCCUCCGCACGAGCGGUACCUCGGCCGCGUUUAGCUCGUCCGUCGGGGGCGAAAAGAAACGUGUGUUUGAUUAUGUCGCCCCCGCAGCGAUCACGGAGAACGAUUUGCGCUUGGGUUUUAAGCCGUCGCAAAUUGAAAACGCUCCUGAGGAAGUGCGCCGCACGCUCAGCUUGGAAAACGCGUCGCAGGCAGAGUUGAACAAGAUAGCGAUCCAAAAGGCGAUCGCAGCGUUCCAGCGCUUUCCCGGCGACACGGGCUCGUCCGAGGUCCAAAUCGCGAUUUUGACACAGAAGAUCAAGCGUAUGACCGAGCACUUCCGCGACCACAAGCACGACAACCACUCGCGACGUGGGCUGCAAACCAUGAUCAACAAGCGCAAGAAGCUUCUCCAAUACCUCCGCCGAGAAAACCUUCAGCAAUACCGCGCCGUCGUCGCCGCGUUGGGGCUUCGCUUCACUUAGAUAUAUCCGAUACCAGUAGUUCAACCCCAAUCUCACUUUUGAGAAACCUCCAUCUCUA